CGUGCCCGCGCCUCUGUGGAGCCGCCGGGGCCGCGCCCCUGACCGCCGCCUGCGAUCCCCGCGGGCCGAUGCGGGUCGCCGGGCAGAGGGGAGCGACGUAGCCGCCGCCAGUGCCGCCACCUCGGCUCGGCGCGGCCCGACCCAGACCCCGACCCCGCCCGGGUCGAGCCGGCCGACCGGCCGUCCUUCGGCGGGGCCAUGGCCGAGCGCGGGUGCCCGCUGGAGGCGGUGCCGUUACCCGCCGAGGUGCGGGAGAGCCUGGCCGAGCUGGAGCUGGAGCUGUCGGAAGGUGACAUCACUCAAAAAGGAUAUGAAAAGAAAAGGGGAAAGCUGCUUGCACGUUAUGUACCACUCGCUCAAGGAGUAGAUCCAUCCCUACAAGCAGAGACUAGGAUCCCCGGGCCCUCACAAGCCACGGCCCCCGUGCCCGAACAGCAGAAGACGAGGCCCAGCCACGCCCGGGACGAGCGCUUCAGGUCAGAUGUUCAUACCGAGGCCGUGCAGGCAGCUUUGGCCAAAUACAAAGAGAGGAAGAUGCCCAUGCCUUCCAAGAGGCGCUCCGUCCUCACGCACACGGCCGUGGAGGCCUACACACCUCCAGACACGUCGUCCGCCUCAGAAGACGAGGACUCUUUACAGCGGCCCGGGCGACUGGCCUCCGCGCCGCUCCAGAGCCACGCCGGUGUCGCGCCCUGGCUUGACCAGGCCGUUCAGGGCUUGCCCGCCUCCUCCGCCGCAUCCUGCACCUCAUCUCACCCGGGAGGGCGGCCUGCCGCCGUGCCCAGUGCCGCCGCCGUGCCCGUAGGCCCCGCGGCCCUCGCCCGCGUAGAUCUGCACUCUGCCCCUCCCGAUGUCACUACGGGCCUCGCACAGCAUCAGCACACCUACUGUGAGCGUCCACAGCUGGCUUCUAUGAGAGGAGCCCCUCGGGGGGGCAGCAGGAGCGUCCUAGAGACGGCAGGUGGUGUCCCCGUGAGCAGCAGAGUGUCCUCCAAGAUCCAGCAGCUUCUUAACACCCUGAAGAAACCAAAGCGCCCUCCACUGAAGGAGUUCUUCGUGGAUGAUUUGGAGGAGGUGUUGGAAGUGCAGCAACCAGAUCCAGGUCAGCCGAAGCCUGAGGGCGGCCAGACGGCGGUGCUGAAGGGGGAGCUGCUGGCCGUGGGCAGCACCUGGCCGCCGUCACUGCUGGCCACCUUGCAGCAGUGGGGCACCACGCAGCCCAAAGCCCCGUGCCUGACCGCCCUGGAUACCACGGGGAAGGCCGUCUACACCCUCACCUAUGGCAAACUUUGGAGUCGGAGUUUAAAACUAGCUUAUACUCUACUUAAUAAACUGACUAGUAAGAAUGAACCACUACUUAAACCCGGAGACAGAGUGGCACUGGUGUUUCCUAAUAGCGACCCUGUCAUGUUCACUGUUGCGUUCUAUGGGUGUCUCCUGGCAGAGCUGGUUCCUGUCCCCAUCGAAGUGCCACUAACAAGAAAGGACGCUGGCAGCCAGCAGGUCGGGUUUCUGCUGGGCAGCUGUGGCGUCGCCCUGGCCCUGACCACGGACGCUUGUCAGAAAGGCCUGCCCAAGGCCCAGACCGGAGAGGUGGUGGCCUUCAAAGGUUGGCCCCCCCUCACCUGGCUGGUGAUAGACGGGAAGCACCUGACUAAGCCCCCCAAGGAUUGGCACCCAUCAGCGCAGGACGCGGGGGCCGGGACCGCCUACAUCGAGUAUAAAACCAGCAAAGAAGGCAGCACCGUGGGGGUUGCGGUGUCCCACGCAUCCCUGCUGGCACAGUGCCAGGCUCUGACCCAGGCAUGCGGCUACUCAGAAGCUGAAACAUUAACAAAUGUGCUGGAUUUCAAAAGGGAUGCCGGCCUGUGGCAUGGAGUGUUAACAAGUGUCAUGAACAGGAUGCACGUGGUCAGCAUCCCAUACGCGCUGAUGAAGGCGAACCCACUCUCCUGGAUUCAGAAAGUGUGUGCGUAUAAAGCCCGGGCCGCGCUGGUGAAGUCCCGCGACAUGCACUGGUCGCUCUUGGCGCAGCGAGGUCAGAGGGACGUCAGCCUCAGCUCCCUGCGCCUGCUGGUCGUGGCCGACGGUGCGAACCCGUGGUCCAUAUCCUCCUGUGACGCAUUCCUCAACGUCUUCCAGGCCAGAGGGCUGAGGCCGGAGGUGAUCUGUCCCUGCGCCAGUUCCCCGGAGGCGCUCACGGUGGCCAUCCGCAGGCCGCCUGACCUGGGGGGCCCUCCUCCAAGAAGAGCUGUGCUGUCGAUGAGCUGCCUCAGUCACGGGGUGAUCAGACUGGACGCGGAAGAGAAGCUCUCGGUCCUGACGGUUCAGGACGUCGGUCAGGUGAUGCCUGGAGCUAACGUGUGUGUUGUGAAGGUGGAGGGGACCCCUUACCUCUGUAAAACCGAUGAAGUUGGAGAAAUCUGCGUCAACUCCAGCGCGACGGCGACAGCAUACUAUGGGCUGCUUGGGAUCACAAAGAACAUCUUUGAGACUGUCCCAGUCACGGCAGGGGGCACGCCCGUCUCCGACAGACCUUUCACCAGGACGGGGCUGCUGGGCUUCAUCGGGCCUGAUAACCUGGUCUUCGUCGUGGGCAAGCUGGACGGGCUGAUGGUGGUGGGGGUCCGCAGACACAACGCGGACGACAUCGUGGCCACCGCACUGGCCGUGGAGCCCAUGAAGUUUGUCUACAGAGGCAGGAUCGCGGUGUUCUCCGUGACAGUGCUGCACGAUGACCGGAUCGUGCUGGUGGCAGAGCAGCGGCCCGACGCCUCAGAGGAGGACAGCUUCCAGUGGAUGAGCCGUGUGCUACAGGCCAUCGACAGCAUCCACCAGGUGGGCGUGUACUGUCUGGCCCUGGUUCCUGCGAACACCUUGCCCAAGGCCCCUCUAGGAGGGAUUCACGUUUCUGAAACCAAACAGCGCUUUCUGGAGGGGAUGCUGCACCCGUGUAACGUGUUAAUGUGCCCUCACACGUGUGUUACCAACCUUCCCAAGCCUCGCCAGAAGCAGCCAGAGGUUGGGCCAGCCUCCAUGGUUGUUGGGAACCUGGUCGCUGGGAAGAGAAUCGCUCAGGCCUCGGGGAGGGAGCUGUCUCACCUGGAGGACAGUGACCAGGCGAGGAAGCUCCUGUUCCUGCCCGACGUGCUGCGCUGGCGGGCCAGCACCACGCCCGAGCACCUGCUCUUCCUGCUGCUCAGCGCCAAGGGCACAGUCACCAGCACCACCACCUGCAUCCAGCUGCACAAAAAGGCCGAGAGAGUGGCCGCUGCUCUGAUGGAGAAGGCCAGGCUGACCACCGGGGCCCACGUGGCCCUGGUCUACCCCCCAGGGGUGGACCUCAUUGCCGCCUUCUACGGCUGCCUGUACUGUGGCUGCGUGCCCGUCACUGUGCGGCCCCCGCACCCCCAGAACCUCGCCACCACACUUCCCACCGUCAAGAUGAUUGUGGAGGUCAGCAAGUCUGCGUGCGUACUCACGACGCAGGCCAUCACGCGGCUGCUCAGGUCCAAAGAAGCACUGGCCGCCGUGGACGUCAGGACCUGGCCGACCAUUCUAGAUACAGAUGACAUACCCAAGAAGAAGGUGGCCAGCAUCUUCAGGCCCCCGUCCCCAGACGUGCUCGCAUACUUGGACUUCAGCGUGUCGACCACGGGGAUCCUGGCGGGUGUGAAGAUGUCCCACGCAGCCACCAGCGCCCUGUGCCGCUCCAUCAAGCUGCAGUGUGAGCUGUACCCCUCCAGGCAGAUCGCCAUCUGCCUCGACCCCUACUGUGGCCUCGGCUUUGCCCUGUGGUGUCUAUGCAGUGUCUACUCGGGACACCAGUCGGUGCUGGUGCCCCCGCCGGAGCUGGAGACCAACGUGUCCCUGUGGCUGUGGGCUGUCAGCCAGUACAAGGCCCGUGUCACCUUCUGCUCCUACUCGGUGAUGGAGAUGUGCGCCCGGGGCCUGGGCGCGCAGACAGCGGUGCUCAGGAUGAAGGGCGUGAACCUGUCGUGUGUGCGCACCUGCAUGGUGGUGGCCGAGGAGCGGCCCAGGAUCGCGCUCACACGGUCCUUCUCCAAGCUGUUCAGGGACCUGGGUCUGCCUGCACGCGCUGUGAGCACCACGUUUGGCUGCAGGGUCAACGUGGCCAUCUGCCUCCAGGGCACGGCCGGCCCGGACCCCACGACCGUCUACGUGGACAUGAGGGCACUGCGCCAUGACAGGGUACGUUUGGUGGAACGGGGUUCUCCGCACAGUCUGCCAUUGACAGAGUCUGGAAAGAUCCUCCCUGGAGUGAAGGUCAUCAUUGCCCACAGCGAGACCAGAGGGCCCCUUGGAGACUCGCACCUGGGCGAGGUCUGGGUGAGUAGCCCGCACAGCGCCACUGGGUACUACACGGUCUACGGGGAGGAGGGGCUCCACGCCGACCACUUCAGUGCCCGGCUGAGUUUCGGAGACACGCAGACCGUUUGGGCAAGGACUGGCUUCCUGGGAUUCCUCCGAAGGACAGAGCUCACCGACGCCAGUGGAGAGCGACACGAUGCACUGUACGUGGUGGGGUCUCUGGACGAGACGCUGGAGCUGAGGGGCAUGCGCUAUCACCCCGUCGACAUCGAGACGUCAGUGGUCCGGGCGCACAGGAGCAUCGCCGAGUGUGCCGUGUUCACCUGGACCAACCUGCUGGUGGUGGUGGUGGAGCUGGAUGGACUGGAACAGGAUGCACUGGACCUGGUGGCCCUGGUGACGAAUGUGGUGCUGGAGGAGCAUCACCUGGUGGUGGGCGUGGUGGUCAUCGUGGACCCAGGUGUCAUCCCCAUCAACUCCCGCGGAGAGAAGCAGCGCAUGCACCUGCGUGACGGCUUCCUGGCCGACCAGCUGGAUCCUAUCUACGUCGCCUACAACAUGAGAGCGUGGAGCCCAGAAAGGCUGGUGGACAGGAGUGAGCCUGGCCUGGCCGCCCUGCCCACCUUUGGGCCCCAGACCAGGCACUGGACGCACAUGCUUCCUCUCUUGAAACAGGUGUGCACGGCUGUCUGCCCGUGUGGUCACUAAUGCUCGACAGGGGCCAUCUGGGGCCGUCAGGUGAGGUGCUCUGUUUCGGAAAGAUAAACCAGCAUUGAGUUUUAAACCACUUUCUAAGUUUCUGAUUUCUUGCUCUUCAACUGAAGUGCUUGUUUUCAUAACCACAGUAGAAGGUCUUCUCACUGCACGGAAGUGUACUGAAUUAUUAUUUUUAUUCCACGUCAACAGAUGUGGAAGCCCCGGUGGGGUGAGGUUUCCGUCCUCGGUGAUGUCUGCUGAGCACCGGCAGUGCAGCCGAGGGGCCCAGCCCAGGAGAGCCUUGCCCCUUGCUGUUGCGUUUUGAGUUGUGUGCCUGUAAGAUCUGGCCAAAUCAUGUUCAGUUAUUUUAUUCUAACUUGACCAGACUGAGUGGUAUAAUAUUAUAGUAAGUCUAAAUCAAAGAAGAAAACGUGAUAUCCUUUAGUUACUUCUAAGAAUUGGAAGUGAAGCUCGAAUCUAAGACAGAGUAUUUUUGUAUCACUAAUGAAGAGUAUGUUACCAGUUGUCAGGGACUGAGGGUGGGAAAGUUUAUGAAUCAUGCAUGCUUCCUAGAACAACCAGGCUUUUCUGGAAUUCGCCUGGAUCAGUGCCUAACAAAGUUGUUACUAAUUCUCUACCACUUUACGUUCUCCACCAAAAAGGCCCGGCUCGCUGGGCCAGCUCUCACGUGUGGCUCGUAUUCGGCUCCAAGUGGCUUGCGCCCGGUAGCUGUCGGCCUGCAGCGCUGGCCCGCAGUGUGGUGGGUAACAACAUGCUGGAGUUUUCAUAGUCCUCUUGUAAUUGUGUACAUAAUCUGUGUAAUUUAUUGUUUGACAUACAGAGGUCCUAGGAGUUGACUAAUGGGCAUUCCUUAUAGCAGAAUGGCCAGCAGGGAAAGAACUACCCAGCCUUGUAUGUUGUAGUUUUAUAACAAACAAAUAUUAUAAAAUUUUUGUAUUGAAAGGUCGGUGGCAGUAAGACAAGGUGUCUUGUAAAUUAAGAUUUUAAGAAGCAUUAAAAUGUUUUAAAAUUACUCUCUGGGAAUUCUGUAUAUCACACUAAAAUUUUUAUAUCAUUAUGUUAAUAAAGUUAUUGACUGUUUGUAAUUCUGCAUUUUGAAAUGUGUGAAAAGGUUUUUAAAAUUACCCCAAAUACGAUGUAUUUUAUUAUGCAUUCUUCUUUCCUGGAUAUAAAAGCUACAGCAUAAAAUCUACAAAGCACAUUAAAGUAUAAAGAAGAAAAUUUAAAUCUCCCAUAAUCCUACCUCUCGGUGAUGACAGCAUUAGUACUUGAUGUAAAUCCUUUCAAGGAUUUAUUUUUUCCUUUAAAACACUUUUACAAAAUUAGGAUCGAUUAUUAUAAUUUUAUAAUCAGCUUUUGUAGUUAAUAAAUUAGAAUUUUAAUCUGUUA